AUGACAAUUCAGACCGGAUCACUCCAUACCGUUCGCAACCGCCAGUUAACACCAAGGCGAGAUUACUUAUGUUUCAGUGGUGUAUUCAAGGGAGAAUUGGGUCCUUUUUUGCGAGCCCGGCCCAACCAAGGGCCUCUAGAGAUGAUGAAAAGUUCGGUGUACACGUCGGGAAAAUGGAAAACUGGCCCAGGCCAAACUACUAUCAAUGUUACAUGUGCAUAUCACGAAGACUUUGCCCUGUCCGUUGGCGGUCCACAACGGUACAACGGCAAAAUCACAAAAAUGGAUGAUGAUUCUGUCUUGAGUUUCCAAUUAUCAGAUGGCGAGACCAUUGAAAAUGUGGGACAGGAGAGGGGCCGGACUCAGGGCGUCACCAUCGAUGGGGUGGGAUCAAUUGUCGAAUCAUGGACAAAAGAGGUUGAGCAAGGAGCAAACAGUAAAACAUCCUUUGUGGUUGUUGAGCAUGAUGUCAAUAACAAUACUGUUGAUGUGAUCACAGUAACGUACGUCUUUUCGGAAAAUUCGGUAAUAAUGCCGCCGCGGGUCAAAUUCAAUGUUGGAGACAAAAUUUUGAUAGUAGGCCAACUGGAGUCGACUGGUGAUGGGUCGGACGGGUUGAUAAUUGAGUCUAAAGUAGUCCAAUACCCCUUUACUGCGCCCUGGCAAUGCAGUCCUAACAUGAUUGCCGUUGAACAUUUGACAAGAGUGUGA